UGUAGCCAGUCGGAGCGUCAGACAUUCAGAGGAGGACUCGGCGGGUGUCCGCUGAAUGGAGCAGACAGGAGGAAGUGGCCCCCGAUGCAGUUCCACACCUUUCCGUUGAAGCAGCAGCAGCGCGGAUAGCUCCAGUUAAAGGAGGAAGACAAGAGCUGAGACAAUUUAUCGACUCUGGAGGGCAAUAAAUAGUGUGACCGGAGUUCCAUGAACGGAAGAUUUCAUCCUACGAACUAGCAGGGAUAUAUUUUACGAAGUCAUUCCCUAGCAGCGCGGUGAAGUUGCCCGGUGUGAGCCGACGUAAAGCUGCUGUUUCUCCCCGUCAGCAGUGGAGAGUACAAGGGCGCACCCGGCGAGAAGGACCGCCACAUCCUAAGAGCAGAGGAAAUUCUCUUCAAGUAUCGCGGCUUUUGUUGGAGGUCCUGUUUACCCACACAGUGAAUCUGCUCUGCAGUUUCCACUCAUCGCGGCCUGCAUUCAUCACAAAUGUUUUUCUCCAUUUUUACUGAACAAUGAACGACCUGCAACAGCUGCUGCCAAGUUCUUAGUCCCAUCGUGUCAUGUUGCGUGUAGGCCAGGAAGACAUUUUUAUCUGAGCAUAAAUGCCCCUGCACCUAACAAGAUCCAGACAGACUUUUAGGUGUAUGUGUGUGUAUUUUUGACUUUUGAUCCUUAGAAAACAAAGUAUCCCAUCACUUUAUAGCUUCACCACUAAGCAUUGUGAACUGCAUUCCAAGUGAACAUCCAGACAUCAUAUUUUCUCCUUAGGAACAAAGUAUUUAUGCUCAAGAGUUCAAAAUGGGGAAAAUGCUCUCAAAAAUCUUUGGCAACAAGGAGAUGAGAAUAUUAAUGCUCGGACUUGAUGCUGCUGGAAAGACAACAAUCCUUUACAAACUGAAACUGGGACAGUCUGUGACCACAAUCCCCACAGUUGGAUUCAAUGUAGAGACGGUCACCUACAAAAAUGUCAAGUUCAACGUGUGGGAUGUUGGAGGCCAGGACAAGAUACGUCCUCUGUGGCGGCACUACUACACGGGAACUCAAGGCUUAAUUUUUGUGGUGGAUUGCGCGGACAGGGAUCGCAUUGAUGAGGCAAGGCAGGAACUUCACCGCAUCAUUAAUGACCGGGAGAUGAGAGAUGCCAUCAUCUUGAUAUUUGCCAAUAAGCAAGACCUUCCAGAUGCCAUGAAGCCACAUGAAAUCCAAGAGAAGCUCGGAUUGACCCGGAUCAGAGAUAGGAAUUGGUAUGUUCAGCCCUCCUGUGCGACCACAGGUGAUGGACUGUAUGAGGGUCUGACAUGGUUAACUUCAAAUUACAAGUCUUAAUGAUUGAGUGCUGACUGUUUUAGGUCAAAACUACAAUGUUGCAAGUAACAAUUUAUUCUUCAAAAUGAGAAUGCUUAAGAAAAGUUGAUUAUUUCAAUUUAUUUUUAUUACGUUUAUCUUUUGACUAAUUUAUCUUUAACUGGGUUUGCCGGCUUAAAGUUUGCUUGUGUUCUUUAGCAGGCAUAAAUCACAUUCUUUAUUGCUUGGGCUUGUUUGAAAAUAUGGAGUUAACUGGUUUCUAAGGUCAAAGCCACAGAGAUCACCACCUUUGCCUGUUCUUUUGUUUCUAUUUUGUAUCUUUUUUUUUUCUCCUAAAGCCAUUCUUGGAUUGAGCUGUUUGAUAGUCCUUUUGACUAUUGGGUUGAACUUUGACAGUAAGCUCUUAAUUUGUCAUGUAGCCUACUUGAAGGACACAUUACUGUGAUUUAUAGUUUUCCUUCUCUGGUAUUAAAAAAACUGGGGUAAAUGCAAGGAAAAAACACAUUGCCCAUGUUUACAUGUCGCAGUCAGAUUAAAACACAAUUUCCUUACCCCCUCAAAUACAAUUACAUGGGCUUUUCUAAUUAAAUGAUUGACCGAUUUCAUGUCUCACUAUAAUGUGCAGAUUAUUAAACAAACAGGCCUUCAGUAACCUCAGCUCUGACCUCUCAAUCUGAUACCACAGCUGAUUAGUCUCAGUAUUGGGACACCAUAUGAUAGCUUAUAUCUGUAGCAUGAGUACAUAGGUACAUUAACCCUACAUCAGAGUCCAUUCGUUGGUGCAGUCAGAACAGAGAGCUGUUAAGAAAUGAGCUGAACAACAGUCUGUGGUGCAGCUCUUAUUCCUUAUUUGACUGGGGGAACUAUGUACAGAACAAUGUCAUUGUAAUGUCUUAUUAAAAAAGUGAUUUUAAA